AUGGGUCACAUGAAAGCUUUGCAGAAAGGAACCGCCAAGUACCCGCUCAAACGGAACCUCUGCAAGAUGGUCUCUAUCCCGCGAGGUAACCUAUCGCUGACGCAGGAUCAUAUAUUUCUGGGACAACUUCCAACUCGCAUCGUGGUAGGAUGCGUGUCCAACGAGGCGUUCAAUGGGAGGUACGGCAAAAACCCUUUCAACUUUCAGCAUUUCAAUGUGAACUAUUUAACCGUACACCUCGAUGGUGAGCAGAUUCCGUACACUCCCCUGAAACCUAAUUACACCGCGCCUGGAGGAGGAAACUACAUCAGAGCCUACCACACUCUCUUCUCAGGUACUGAUAAAACGUACCAGGACGACGGCAACACCAUCACUCGUGAGGACUACAAGGGAGGGUAUACAUUGUAUGCCUUUGAUCUGAGCCCAGACUUAUCCAUUGGAGGACACCUCAAUCUGGUCAAACACGGUAACCUUCGCCUUGACGUCCAUUUUGCCAAUGCACUGGACCAGACAAUCAACGUGAUCAUCUACGCAGAAUUUAACAACAUUUUGGAGAUCGAUCAGUCCCGUAACGUCAUCUUUGACUACAGCAGUUAA